AUGGCUAUCUAUGCCCUCCUUCGUCGAGGAGUGGACGCUGCGGCGGACUUCCAGUCCAAGCAGCCCUCCCAGAGCCAGCCAACCAUCCAUCUGGUAGGAUGGUUGUCGGCUUUCUUCAUCUUCACUGUUCUAGCAUUUGUUGGCAUUCUCCUCUCGGUCGACUAUACGUACGGAAUGCUGGUUCCCACCCUCGCCGUCGUCGAAGACACCAACCCCGACGUUUACGUCCGUAUCGACACGGACUUCGACCCGAACAAGCCUGUUGAUGCGAAUGAGCCCGAAAUCGAAGCCGCCCGCACUCAACCCAUCACCAACAAGUUGUGUACGACUAUUCGCCACCUCCGCGCCCGGGCCGGUCCCUGGUCCCGUUUCCGCGGGUUGGGCAUGCUCUUGACGUAUGGGUUCGCUCUAAACACUUUCUAUUUCCUGGUGCCCUUCUCUGCGACCGCGUUCAUCCCCCAGUUCAUCGUGGGAGUGAUCGGCGCCGCCCUCCUGGCCAACCUUAGACUUGCGUGGGUUCACAUCGUCAUCUCAGAGCCAUCUCCUAAGCGCUUCUACCAGCGCAUCGGCGGCUUCAAGGUUUGGCAGCGGAUUGCUCCUGUUGCGGCACUCGAGCAGGCCGUUAUCAGCGGCGCCAUGUACAUCCCCCUUGUCGUUGUCAAGGCCAUUUAUGGUCUUGAUGGACUGAUGGCACCCGCUGAUGGCGAUGCUUUUCCCACCAAGACGAUCCUGGCUAUUUGUGGUAUCCUCGCGGUGGCUGGCUCGCUGUCUCUUGCGGCUUCCAUCCCUGCGCGGGCUAUUUUCCUCCGCGUGGCCGCUUCUAUGCUGCCUGAGGAGGAUGAGGCCAUUGUACCUUUCGACCGCUCUUACGGCGGCAAGGUGCAGCCUGCCAUCUUGGGCGGUAUCGGUAGGCUGAGCAUCUCCGAUGCUUGGAAGACUCUCGACCGUCCUGCCCUUACCCGCUUUGUGAAGGCGAUCUUCAAGGCUCUAGCUAUUGAGGUUGGCGUGACUAUGUUCUUCUCGCUGCUGCUCACCGGCCAGAUUCUUGCUGGCGCUGUGACCUAUGGAUUUCCUGGAAAUAGCGCUUGA